AUGCCCGAAUCACAGCCUGACUCCCCGCCAGCAGUGGCCAACCAGGCUGGCCGCGCUAUCCCCGUCGGCCUCAACGAAGCAGCACUCGACUCCCCUACCUUUCGAGUAACCGCUGCCAACUUUAGCGAUCAAGUCGAUGCUAUCGAAAAAUGGCUGAACGGAUACGCCCAGUCCACCUCGAAGCUCCUGCACGAUAUCCUCGCCCUUGAGGAGACCAUCAAUACAUUCCUCGUAAAGACGAUGCCCUCGGUGUCUGACGGCGUUGUCGACAAUGAUUAUACGUUUCUGGCCUUAAAGAGGGUGGGUGAUGGCUGGCGCGAGUACUGGAUACAGAUGAUAAGCACAAUGAAGAAGAUGGAUGGGACAGUCGUCGACCCUAUCCGGCAGUUUAUUGUCAGCGACCUCAGGAACUUCAAGGAGUGCAGGAGGGCUAUGGACCAGGCGCAACGAACCUUUGACUCGACACUCGCUCGAUACGUCAGCCAGUCCAAGACAAAAGAGCCUUCAGCCUUGCGCGAGGAUGCCUUUGCCGUUUUCGAGACACGAAAAGCGUACAUCAAGGCAUCGAUGGACUACUGUCAGCUUGCACCUCAGCUGCGCUUUAGCAUGGACAAGCUGUUGGUUAAGAUUUGCAGCGAACGAUGGGCCCAGCUGAGACGAACUAGAGAAGCUGCUGGCGACACAAGCCGUUGGAACCAGGAGAUGGGGCGCAUCCAGGGUUGGUCAAAUGAGAUGGGAGCGUCUGAGAUGGUAUUCAGACGGGAGUUGCAAUCUGCCCGAAGAGAAAUCGGAGAGAACGCCCUCACGGGAUUUAAGCCAUCCCGCGAGCUUGAGGAUUACAGUACUUCCACCGUCCCCUUUCUUGGUAGUCGCGGUCCUAUCACCGUUCGUCUUGAGGAGGGUGCUACUGUUGUGUCCGAGAAGCAAGGGUGGCUGUUCCUCCGAGUGCUUCAAGGAAAACCAGCAAGACACACAUGGAUCAGGAGGUGGUACUAUUGCCGCGACGGCAUCUUUGGCUGGUUAAUACCUGGACCUCUGGGAGUUCUGCAAGGCGAUGAAAUCGGCGUUCUGCUCUGUAACGCAAAGCCAGCUGUUGCCGAAGACAGACGCUUCUGCUUUGAGGUCAAAACAAAAAGCCAGACCAUCCUACUUCAAGCUGAAACGCAAGGUGAGCUUACGGAGUGGCUGGAGGUGUUUGAGGUCACGAAGAAGCGCGCUUUCGAGACCACCAUGAACAGAAACAACGCUUCUUUGCCCGGAUCCAUUGACCCUGCAUUUUCGAUCUCUCCUCCAAGCAUUCCUGAGUUCUCGGCCAAGUCCCUGGAUGCACAAAUCGGUAUUUACGACGAGUCAACUCCCAAUAUUGAUCGCACGAACACACUGCCUGUACCUGGACCAGAAGGCAAUCUCAGCACACGACAGAGCUUUGAUGUUAAUGGCAGCCUUUCUCGUCGUACUAUAACUUCUUUGAGUCGAGAUCUUGCCAGAGAAGAGGGUGAAAGCGGUCGUGAGCAUGCUGCCAGAAUCAUCCAGAAGCUCGACCUACACCGCAAAGCUACUUUUGGCAAUCAAGGCCCUGACGGAAUGCAGGGAGGGUCGGCCUCUACCACUGGAUUGGCAAGUAUGAUGGCUACUAGCCACACACUCCCACCGGGAUUCCCAGGUCCAAUUGCAAGUACGUCGAAUUUCAGACAGACGCCCAGCAUGCUGCCGUCAGUUGACACACAGGCUGGCAACUUGGCCCCGGCAACUCUAGCCAAGCCCCCCUCCAUGACUGGACUUAGUCGCAUCGCCGUUCUGACAGCGGGAGAUCGCCAGCCUGUGGGUAACAAUAGGAAGCUUCCCGCGUCCGUGGUCGCGAACUAUUGGGGAAGUAGUCUCUGGGGUGCCAUGAACGCACCAGCCCAACCUGUGCUCCCUAGACUUGACGAAGAUGACCCUAUAGGUGUCGUCGUGCCUGGAAGCACAGUCGGCCAAAGCUUGCAACGAAAGGAUACGGGCGAAUACUUCCCUAGAAACUAUCCUUCCGAGUUGCGAGCACAGCACGCUCAAUUUAGGCUGCUGUUCCCGGAUGCACCUUUGGAGGAGAAGCUGGUACUUGUCUUCCGAGCUGCAUGGACUGGAUCUCCUGAGCGAGGUCCAGGUAAACCAGAUAUGGCUGGCGAUGGCCGUAUAUAUGUCACACCCGACAACAUGUACUUUUAUGGACAACAGAUUGGACUUGUCACUGCCUAUAGUAUCAGCCUUGAUAUUAUUAGUGAAGUGACGGCAGCCCCAGGAAGGGACUGUGACUUCAUCUUCUUACACCUCAAUGAGAACGCAAACGAGACAGGUUAUACCAGAAUUACUAUCAAGGUUUUCUUGGAUGACCUGGGUCUCCUCCACACUCGUCUUAAUCUCUUGAUUGAUGAUAUUCAGGCUGAGGAACCCAUGGAUGUCGAGGCUAUUAUUACCACAUUGAUUAAUCUCGAAAAGGAGGAGUAUGAUCGACCAAGUCCCAGUGUUGAAAGCUGGGAAGAGGUAUCGGCAAAUACACCAAUGGAUGAUGGAACGUCAACUGGUCGCCCGGUUGCUCGUCGUAUGGAGUUCAGUCCUCCGUCACGGCCUUCAAGAUCGCACCCGCGACAUAAUCACAAACUACACCUACCAGUUCGUCCUGUCAUUUAUGAGCCAGAAGGCAUGAAGGAGAUGGCCGCUGAGAGACACUUUGAAAUCAGUGCCAAGUCAUGUUUUCACGUUUUAUUCGGUGACAAGAGUUUUGUGUUCCCGAAGCUGUACUUCGAGCGACGAGCCCAGCAGAUCGCCCAAGGACCGUGGGUGCUGGUAGAUCAGGGCAGAAUGAGGCGUGACUUCCAGUUCAAGGUUGACUACAAAGAUGUUCUGGGUCGGUCAAAGACGGCCGACGUCAACGACUAUCAAAUUAUUGAUGUCUUCAGUGACCACGUUACGUAUGUGGUGACACAUGUCAAGACAGCCUGGCAUCUACCUCACUCAACCUGGUUCAAGGUCGUGACAAAGGUUGUCAUCACCCAUGUAGCCAAAUCCAAGUGCAAGCUGGCUAUAUACAUCAAGACAGAUUGGUCAAAGAACCCAGCCCUAUCCAAGAACCUGAUUGACCGUCAGGCAAUCCACGACGCUGCUAGUGAUGCCGAGGAGCUGGCUGAGGUUGCCACAGAUCAGGUUCGAAAGCUCGGGACGCGAAGCCGAACAAAUAGAGCGAUCCAGGUCUAUGGUCAGAUUGGGCAGCAGACUGAGGUGGUAGUCUUCUCACCAGCUGCAACAGACUCAGCAAAGAAGCAGGCGAUCAAGCCCCGGACUCUCACGACCAUGGUUUUUGAAACUAUUCGGUCUUUUGGAGAAAGUGCAGUCUCAUCAGUCAUCAUGUGGGCUAUUGCAGUCCUGCGCAAUGUUUUCAACUUGAUCACUGCGCAAUGGAUCAUUCUGGCGCUGCUUGGAUUCAGUACACUCACUAAUCUACUGCUUACUUCAAGUGAGACGUCAGUUUGGUGGAAAGAGAGGAGAGCGGUAGGGUUCAUGCGCGAUGUUGGUAUUCGGCCCAAUACCAUGAUGAGCAAGGCUAUCUACUUUGCUGAUCUGCAUGAGGCGUCGGGUAACAACCAAGCUCUAUCCUUUCCCGAUAACAGCACAUGCUUUUCGACGUUCAAGGACCUGCUGGACACGACAGACAUGGAUACACCAUGGGAAGAUGCUGGGGCCAGCUUGGCUUCGCCUACGAGCCGUGCUACAGCGCGCCGACUUCGACGAACAAGGCAACGUCUGGGGACGUAUCGACAUGAUUUACUGGUUGCUAUGAGGGUAGUCAACAGUAUCGAGCGAGAGAUGCUUCAAUCGGAGUGGGAGAAUUGGCUCGUUGAUGAAAAGCUCCUCUGUGAAGACCUAGAUGCUAUGCUCGAUCAACAAGACGAGACAAAGGGACGAAAGAAAGGAUCCGAAAAUGGCAAGGGGUCUAAGGGGCCGCAAAAGGUUACGGAGCCUAUACCAGCUCAGAGACGACAAGUCCUUGAGGAAUGGCGAGAUAGUUACUGCGGAAGCUGUAAGCAGGACUACCAAGUUGUGAUGAAGGGGCGAAAGCUGUCUGUUUUGUAA